CCCAAUGCGCAAGCCGACCGCCUUCGCGCGCUCAGCUUGCCAUAGCUUGCCAUCCGCGCCCUCUUACGGACGGUGGACUUCGUUGAGUUUGACCACCCGGAAAGAGUUAAUACGAAUACAGCUCUCAGACAGCAACAGAAUUCCAAAUUCUCCAUGGCUCACCAAUGCUCCGUUGCGUCAUCGUUCGACGCCCUACUAGAGCGAUCAUCAUAGAACUUUCCCAUGCAUCUGUGGCGUUAGCAGACGUCGUUCCGUCACUCGCUUGCGAAAACAGCGCUGCCACUGCCACGAGAGUUCUCAUCCACUGUGAUACAUCCGUCGAUGUCCGGCGUGCCCAAGGCGUGCCAUAUGUCGACCCUUGUGAUUUGUCACUGUCAGUAGCACUACGUGUUACAGCUUGCACCCCUGGAGUAUUUGCGGCGAGCGCGCACGGUCGGGGCGCGAGGGCUAAAGGGCGGCCCAACGCGCGCACGGGUCUCACAGGUACGGCCAGUGUGGGUGCCUCUUAUGGACCUGAGGUUCGGUUCCGUAUUGGGCAGGUAGGAUGAGGUUGUGCCUGGGCUAAGGGAUGUAGCGUUUGUGCCGGCGGCGUGUCUUAGCGACGAAUAAGGGCUAUCUUCUGAUGGCCUUCGCGCUCCGCGUGCACAACCGUCUGCAGCCCUUGCGCGAUUCUGGAGCGGACUUACUGCCGCCACGACGAUCAGCGAUAUCGGAGC